AUGCCUCGAAUUUUGGACAAGACAGUCGGUCCCAUUGGCUUUGGCCUCAUGGGUCUCAGCUGGCGACCAGAACCGGCACCCCUCUCGCAGACGCUUGAGACGCUCAAGGCGGCCAUCGAGAGCGGGGCAACAUGCUGGAACGGCGCCGAGUUCUACGGAACACCCGAGUACAACUCGAUGACGCUGCUCAAGCACUACUUCACAAGGUACCCGGAGGACGCAUCCAAGAUCACGCUGAUCAUCAAGGGGGGCGUCAACGUCAAGACCCUGUCGCCCGAGGGUUCCCCCGAGGCCAUCCGUCGGUCGGCCGACAACAUCCUGGAGCAGCUGGGCGGCGUCGUCAAGGUGGAUAUGUUCUGCAUCGCGCGCCGCGACGCCAGGUCCGACUUCUCCCAGACCCUGUCUAUCCUGCAGAGGGAGUACGUCGACACGGGCAAGUUCGGCGGCAUCUCGCUGUCCGAGUGCAGCGCCGCCACCGUCCACGAGGCCGUCAAGCACGCGAACAUCACCGGUGCCGAGGUCGAGUUGAGCAUGUUCAGCCCCGACAUUCUCAGGAACGGUGUUGCCGCUGCCUGCGCCGAGCACGACAUCCCCGUGAUUGCCUACUCGCCCAUCGGACGUGGGCUUCUCACCGGUAGAAUUAAGUCUAAGAGCGACGUUGCCCAUCUGGGCCACAUCGGCAACCUACCCCGCUUCCAGGAUGAGAACAUAGCGCACAACCUCCGUCUUGUCGAAAAGGUCGAGGCCAUCGCCGCCAAGAAGUCCUGCACGCCUGCCCAGCUGGCCAUCGCCUGGGUCAGGAGCGUCAGUCGCCGCCCUGACAUGCCCACCGUUGUGCCCAUCCCAGGUGCCACCACCGCCAGCAGGGUCAAGGAGAACUCGACCGUCAUCGAGCUCAGCGACGCCGAUGUUGAGGAGAUCGACAGCAUCCUCGACGGUUUCGAGACGGCUGGCAGGCGGUACCCUGCCGGGGCUCCCAUAGAGACUUAG